AUGCGGAUAUCACUGCUUCUUUUCAUUAUCGUCAGCUAUCUCACGGGAGGUGUUCUAUCCGAGCCAUUCUCACUCUUCACAGGUGCAGCAGUGACGUUUGGAACUGGUGCCUUAUGGACCUUUCAGCACAAAAUCAAAUGUCGGCUGUAUGAAUGUUGCGACCAUCCUUACUUGAAUCCACGGUUUGAUAUACACGUGAGAAGCAUACGCGCUCAUUGGACUAACGAGAACCCCAAGAAGCCAUUGGCAAUGUCGUUCCAUGGUUUCACUGGAUCCGGAAAGAACUACGUUGCUGAAAUAAUAGCAAUACAUUUCAAAAAAGGUCUGAGGAGCAAUUUUGUGCACCAAAUUGUCGCCAGUUCCGAUUUUUAUGAUAAAGACAAGAUUGCAGAGUACAAGGUAAGCUUUUACAUUACUCGGCAGACUUACCGUCAUAGAACCUGGCAAUUUUCUGGCCGGCUUUUGGAUGAACUGAGCGAUUUUGUGGUAGUUGUUGUAAGCAGCGUUUUCAGCAAUCGUGGUGGACAGUUAAUCGCAAACUUGGCGCUAAGUCAUCACCAAUCUGGCAAUCCUAGGGAGGAUCUGACUUUGGAUAAUUUCGAGAGGAUGCUAAUGCAGGCGGCGUAUAAUGAGCCAGGAGGACUAAAACUGUGCGAAUUGAUUUCAAGCCACUUAAUCGAUCAUUUCGUUCCAUUUCUUCCAAUGGAGCGACGGCAUGUCAUACUUUGUACGAUUGGCUACCUCAAGUCGCAGGGAAGAGAAGAUCUCGUAAAGGACGAUGAAUUAGUUCAGCGCAUUGUUGACUCACUACAGUAUUUCCCUCAAGAGUUGAAAGUGUUCUCAAGUUCCGGUUGUAAACGAGUUCCAGCCAAGGCAGAUUUGGAAAUCGCUAAGCGAACCCCUUCUUCCAUAGCAGUUAAACACUUGAGAAUUGAUGAUAAUGAUGAACUUUAG